AUGCGAUUCAUCAGAACUCUAUCCAAGGCCGCUCGGUUCGUUCCCGAGCUGGGCACUUACCCUAAGGGGUUUGCUGUUGGCGGUAUCCACUGUGGGGUUAAGAAAGAUGGCAAAUCGCUCGAUCUUGCCAUGCUUCAUAACACUCACUCUAAGGAUGGGGUCGCGGCAGCAGUGUUCACCAAGAACAAGUUCAAGGCGGCUCCUGUGCAAGUGCUGAGACGGAUCGUUGACGAAAAGCACAACCAACACAUCAACUCGAUCAUCGUCAACUCUGGUAACGCCAACGCCGUCACCGGGGCCCAGGGGAUGAAGGACGCUGAAGAUAUGGUCAAGGUGACCGAUGCCAUCUUCGAAGACGGACCCAACCUGACGCUCGUGAUGUCUACGGGUGUGAUUGGCCAAAACUUGCCGAUCGAUAACAUUUUGUCGGGUAUUCCUCGUUUGGGUUUGGAGAACUUGGGCAGUGACCAUGCUCACUGGCUCAACUGUGCCACCGCCUUAUGCACCACUGAUACCUUCCCCAAGCUCGUGUCCAAGCAAUUCGAAGUGGAUGGCACUACCUACACCUUGGCUGGUUUGUGUAAAGGUGCCGGGAUGAUCUGUCCCAAUAUGGCCACUCUCCUUGGGUUUUUCGUCACCGAUGCUCCCGUCUCGCCCGCUGCGCUUAAGCAAAUCCUUACUUACUCGGUGGACAGACUGUUCAACGCGAUCUCGGUCGAUGGUGACAUGUCCACCAAUGAUACCAUCGUUGCCAUUGCUAAUGGUGCCGCUGGUGGUGCGGUCAUUGAUGUGGGUACUCCUGCUUUUGAAACUCUUCAACAAUCGAUCACCGAAUUCGCUCAACAAUUAGCUCAGCUUGUGGUCCGUGACGGUGAAGGUGCUACCAAGUUCAUUGAAUUGAGAGUGAACAACGCCUCGUCGUUCGAAGACGCUCACAAGAUUGCCAACUCCAUUGCCAACUCGGCGUUGUUCAAGACGGCGAUGUACGGUAAGGAUGCUAACUGGGGGCGUAUCCUCUGUGCCAUUGGCUACGCCGAUGUCGGUUCUGACGCUGUGGUCCCCACUACCACUAACGUGUCGUUUAUCCCCGCCGAUGGCUCGGAACCGUUGAAGCUCUUGGUGAACGGUGAACCCGAAUUGGUCGACGAAGACCGUGCAUCGGAAAUCCUCGCCCACGAAGACUUGAUCAUUGAUAUUGAUCUUGGUACCGGUGACAGCAGCACUAAGUUCUGGACCUGCGACUUUUCUCAUGAGUACGUCACCAUUAACGGGGACUACCGGUCUUAA